AUGGCAGCGACGACAAUUGCACCGAACCCUCAACCUCUUGCGACUAUAUCAGAAUCGAAACGGAACCAACUACCACCAAAUACACAUUCUACAAGCAAUAGCGCAUACGGAGGUGGUCAGGACUCGACUCGAUUUCAUCGCGAAAUGUCGCUCGGCAUGAGUCAAGGAUCACAAUCUGGUGGUAUGAUGAUGCAACCAGGAGGACCUUUUCGUCAAUACGAGUCACCCAAUACCAUGAAUCGUAGAGAUAUAGCACCUCAGAUUUACUCGGCUGUAUAUUCUGGUGUUGAUGUAUAUGAAAUGGAGGUUAACCGUAUUGCGGUUAUGCGGCGACGAAAAGAUAGUUGGCUCAAUGCUACUCAGAUAUUGAAGGUAGCAGGGAUCGAAAAGGGAAAGCGAACAAAGGUCCUUGAAAAGGAGAUUUUGAUUGGAGAUCAUGAGAAAGUUCAAGGUGGAUAUGGGAAAUAUCAAGGAACCUGGAUCAGAUUUGAACGAGGGGUCGAAUUUUGCAAACAGUAUGGCGUGGAAGAACUUCUGCGACCACUACUAAGCUAUGAUAUGGGUCAAGAUGGAGGUAUUGCAGGACAAGGUGGAAUUGAUACCCCAACAAAGGAACAAGCUAUGGCCGCGCAACGAAAGAGACUUUAUAACUCAGGAGCCGAGAACCGUAAUAAUGGACAAUCCGGAACAUUUUUUAAGAAUAUCUCGAAUCAAGCUUCGCUCGCAGUUGCAGCUAUUAGCAAAGCCCGAUUUGAUUCACCUGUUCCCAGGAAUCGCAAUGGUAGUGCAAGACCUCCCACUUUCAGUAGGCAAUCAACACAACAACAACCCAAUAGUCAGGAGACUGCAUUCCCAGGUAACUCGCAACAAAGCAUGCAAAGUUUCGUAUCUAAUGAGGGAUUAACAAAUGGAGAUUCGGCUUAUGCAACUCAAUCCCAGUUUCAAUUUUCACAUACCGGUAGGGAGGACGGAGAUUUUCAGGAGCCACCACGAAAGAGACGAAGAGAAUCUCCAGAGCCCCCGAAUGAUAGUCAGCAGUCUAUGAAUGGCGGGUAUUAUAAUAUGUCAAUGCGAGAACCAUCUCCGACGGAACCUAAUGAUUCAUUCUUCUAUCGUCAAGAUCCAAAUCUCUCCCAAGAGGAGGAAGCUCCAAUGCCAUUACCACCUCUACCGGAAAACCAGCAUCAUGGAAAAAAGGGUUUGACUCUGUUAUCACUUUUUCACAAUGAGAACUCGUACUUAGGCACGAACGAACAUAAUGACCAGGAGGCUUUUCGUACGAUGUCUGGUGUAGAGCUCGAUAUUCCUAUAGAUAAAUCAGCCAAUACUGCUGUUCAUUGGGCCGCUACUCUUGCCCGUUUACCCGUUCUACAAAAGCUCAUUCAGUCGGGCGCAAGCAUAUAUCGAGUUAAUCUCAGGGGAGAGACUGCAUUGAUGAGAGCAUGUUGUGUGGCUAAUAAUUUAGAUCAGGGCAGUUUCCCUGACCUCCUUGAACUACUUGGUAACACUAUUGGUUUUCAAGAUAAUCGUGGCCGAACGGUUCUACAUCACAUAGCUGUCACAUCGGCUGUCAAAGGACGUAGUCCUGCCAGCAAGUAUUAUCUUGAAUCACUUCUCGAAUUUGUCGUUAGGAAAGGUCGUUCAUUUAAUGGUCAAUCACAGAAUACUGAACCUUCCAAUCCUCAUGCCAUGGAUAUUGGUCGGUUCAUGUCUGAAAUGGUAAAUGCACAGGAUAAUUCGGGUGACACUGCUCUUAACAUUGCAGCUAGAGUGGGUAACAAGAGCAUCAUCUCUCAACUUAUGGAAGUUGGGGCAGAUCCUGAAAUUCAAAACAAUUCCAAGCUUCGUCCAUCAGAUUUCAUUGGCGGUUUGACGAAUCCUGGCGAUCGUUUAGGUCUCGCAAGUCCUGAUAAGAGAGGAAAUAAAGCCACACGGGAGACUAGUGGUGAAAUAAUUGACUCCAUAAAUGCAACGCUUCAAUCAACUCUUGAAGAUUUUGGAAGAGAAGUAGAAGCCAAACAAGCUCAAAUCGAUUCCAUCCAUGCCAAACUCCGAGAAGCAUCCGCCAGCCUAGGUGAAGAACGACGUGCUAUGGAAGCGAAACAAGAACGCAACAGACAACGUGAAGAGCGUGACCUCAAAAUUGCAAAUCUUACUCGCGCCGCAGAGGAAGAAAGUACAAAAUUACUUCAACUUCAACAACAAUUCAACCAACCAAUCUCUGAUCUAGACCUCGAAAUGCAUCUUGGUGAUGCCGAUAAAUCCUUGGCAAUUCCACCUAUUCCUGCUGAUAUCAAUACUACUCCCACUCGAAACUCGAAUGCUGAAUACGAUCAUGCUCAAAGACAAUUGUUAUUACAACAAUUACCUUCGGUGCAUAUACUUCAAGCGAGGAUUAAUGCAUACAAAGCUAAUAACGAUUCGUUGGAAAGAAGUGUGCAAGAGUUGAAAAGUAAAGAUACAGGCAGGAUAGCAAAGUAUAAGAAAAUUAUAAGUCUGUGUACGGGUGUGGACAUUUCGAAGGUUGAUGGUGUUAUUGAGGGGUUAGCUAGGGCCGUGGAAAGUGAGAGUGAUGUUGAUUUAAAUCGAGUUAGGGAAUUUUUGACGAGAGUCGAGGGGGUUUAG